UUCUCCUUCCCAACAAUAUGGCUGGCUUCAUUAACAUUUGCUCUUUUCUCUCUCUCUCUCCAUCAUUUCUCCAAUAUCCCAAUCACUUGUUAUGGCCCUCUCCACUUCCCUCAUCUCUUCCUCUCUCCUCUUCCCAACAACCAAAUAUCUCCUCUCUCUCACUUCACAUUCACACCCGCUCAUACUAUUCAAACCGUUAAAAAUACCAGCAGCGCCCAAAAGGUUGAGCCACACCAAGUGCAGUGCCGUCGCGGACUUAAAAGCCCGUACGGACGAUGAUAACAAGGUCUUUGUGGGUCCCACCGGCGAGGAAGAUCGGAGGAGGGAGAAGGUCGUGGCGGAGUACGAUUGGACGGAGGAGUGGUACCCUCUGUACCUCACCAAGAACCUCCCUCACGACGCGCCGUUGGGUCUCACUGUCUUUGAUAAGCAGCUCGUUUUGUACCGGGACGGCGCCGGCGAGUUGCGGUGUCAUGAAGAUCGGUGUCCCCACAGAUUGGCAAAACUAUCAGAAGGGCAGAUAAUAGAUGGAAGACUGGAAUGCCUAUACCAUGGUUGGCAAUUUGAAGGUGAUGGAAAAUGUGUAAAGAUCCCUCAGCUUCCAGCUGAUGCCAAGAUUCCUCGAGCGGCAUGUCUGAAGCCGUACGAGGUUAGAGACUCCCAAGGCGUAAUAUGGGUUUGGAUGUCCCAAAAGGCUCCACCAAACCCCAGUAAGCUCCCUUGGUUCGAGAACUUCGCGAGGCCCGGCUUCAACGACAUCUCAACUAUCCACGAGCUCCCAUACGACCACUCCAUACUUUUGGAGAAUCUCAUGGACCCUGCCCACGUUCCCAUCUCGCACGACCGCACGGAUUGGACGGCUAAGAGAGAGGACGCGCAGCCAUUGGCUUUCAAAGUGAGUGAACGUUCCGACCGAGGCUUCGCAGGGUGGUGGGGCCGAUCAUCCGAACCGGAGUUGCUUAACUACUUGCGGUUUGAUGCGCCGUGCGUUCUUCAGAACAAUCGCGAGAUUGUGGACAAGAAUGGAGAGAAGCAUUACUUCACAGGUUUGUUCUUGUGCAGACCGAGUGGGCAAGGGAAGUCCAUGCUGAUUGUGAGGUUUGGGAACACAAGAAGAUCACCUUUGAUUAAGUUGUUUCCUGAGUGGUACUUCCAUCAGAAUGCUUGUAAAGUAUUUGAGCAAGACAUGGGAUUUCUCUCCUCCCAAAACGAGGUUCUCAUGAGAGAAAAAGUACCUACCAAAGAGCUUUACCUCAACUUGAGGUCUUCAGAUACUUGGGUGGCUGAGUACAGGAGGUGGAUGGACAAGGUGGGUCAUGGAAUGCCCUAUCAUUUUGGGCACAGCACCAUAUCACUACCCAAAGAGCCAGCUGUGGUGGAACAUGCCCCUGCUGGAGUAGUCGCAAAUGUUUCGGCUUCCUCCCCGGCCAAGGGAGGGAUUGGGACAGUGCACGCUCCCAACUUGGCCAACCGAUAUUUCCGGCAUGUCAUUCAUUGCAAAGGGUGUAGAGAGGUUGUCAAGGCUUUCCAAGCGUGGAAGAAUGGCCUCUCUGCUGUUGCCGUGGUGUUGGCUGCGCUGGCGAUACUGGCAUCCGGAAGACAAUGGAAGGCGCUUCUGUUGGUGACAGCGGCCUUGUGCUCUGGUGGCGCCUAUGCGUGCCAUUCUGCUGUGGUUUUGAAUACAACGAACUUCAUUAGGACGCACAGGAGAUUGUGAACCAUCAAAUGGUAUCAUUUGUUUCUGAGGCCAAGGACUUGGACUUUCAAGUGCUGGUGUAUAGUUGGUGGAAAAUGCUAUCGAACCCAAAAUAUAGUCACAACACUAAAUGUGAACAUAGUGAUUGAUCUUUUUUCUUUUCUUUUCUUUUCUUUUGGGUGAUGAGAUAUUUGUUCUAUAAGAUUUAUUGUAUAGAUGGCAUGGACAAGUAUAUUUCCGUA